ACCGUGUUGGGCUUGAUGGGCGUAGCUCUGGGUAUCUUCAUCGCCAUGGACAAUCUACGGAAACAGGAAUCUCAUCCAAAGCCGAUCUCAAGGCUCCUCAGUUCCAUAGCUGAUUUUAGGCUUGGACAAAACUUCUUAAGACUUUCCCCUUAUUCAACACUAUUGAAUUCUGACGAGAGGAGUAAGUUUGGGGGCAUUAGAACGCCCAGUGGCAGUGCAACAGGGAUGCCAUCAAUGAUCUCAAACGAAAACCUGAUCGGGAAGAAAGGAAAGCCACAACCUUAUCCACUUUCCGCCGACCAAACUUUUCUAAAACCGAGCUCCAAUGAAUGGCGUUCUCUGGCUACAUUAUUUCAUAAAAUCUCUCUCGUUGCGCACGUUCUCAUGUACCUCAUCAUUUUGAUAAAGUGUUUUCACUAAAAAAAAGAAAAACAAACAA